GGCUGGGGGCGGCCGGGUCGGCCCUCGCCGGGAUCCCAUUCCUUCUCCCUCGGUGCAUGGUCGCGGCGGGAGCGGAGGAGGGUGAGCCCGGCGGGGCGCGGGCCGGAGGCGGCGGCGAGAGCGGAGCCCCAGCGCGGAGAAGCCGCCUCUGCCCGAGAGCGGUAUUGGCAGGUGUCUGAAGUGGUUGACUAAGACCUAAGGAUUUGGAGCAGUGGUGUAUGAUGUCAAACAGUGGGCAGUCCUUGUAGCCUCCCCCACCAGCCUGCAGUGUCAUGUGCCAGUAUGAAUGUUAAGAAAGAAACACAUGCUUCAGAGCUCAGCAUCCCAGAAAGAAAAAAGGAGGAACUAAACAGAGAGAGCAAAUGAUUGCACUGCUUGCAAGACUUGAGGCUGCUCACUUCUUCUCCUGAGAAGCUUCAUCUUGGCCUUUGUGAGAGAGUUGGGAAAGUAGUCAGAGCAGCCACAGCGAUAUUCUUAGAGUCCUUUUCCUUUUUUAAUUUAAUUUUUUCUCCCUUGUGUCUGGAUUUUAAGUGUGCUGCACUGAUCACAAGCACUGGACAUCAAUAUGUGUCAUGUCAUUGUAACGUGUCGGUCGAUGCUAUGGACUCUCCUGAGUAUCGUGGUGGCUUUUGCAGAGCUCAUUGCCUUCAUGAGUGCAGACUGGCUGAUUGGUAAAGCAAAGCCUUCCAGCUCCGAGGAGGUGGACAACAGAAUGGGGGGACAGCAGGAGCCCUACCGUCCAACGCUGGGCAUCUACGGGCGCUGCACCAGGAUCUCCCACAUGCAGUUCUCCAGACGAGACACGCUUUGUGGUCCUUACGCUGAAAACUUCAGUGAGAUUGCCAGUGGGUUCUGGCAGGCAACCGCUAUUUUCCUAGCCAUGGGAAUCAUGAUUCUCUGCACCGUGGCAUUUGUGUCUGUCUUUACUAUGUGCGUGCAGAGUAUUAUGAAGAAAAGCAUUUUUAAUGUCUGUGGGCUGCUACAAGGGAUUGCAGGGCUCUUCCUUAUCUUAGGCUUGAUACUUUACCCUGCAGGUUGGGGAUGCCAGAAGGCGAUAAGCUAUUGUGGACCUUAUGCUUCUGCUUACAAACUGGGAGACUGCUCCUUGGGCUGGGCUUUCUACACAGCCAUCGGCGGCACCGUUCUGACCUUCAUCUGCGCGGUCUUCUCGGCGCAAGCUGAAAUAGCCACAUCCAGUGACAAAGUGCAAGAAGAAAUAGAAGAAGGAAAAAACCUUAUCUGCCUCCUUUAACUCCAGUGGGGAAAAAUACCAGCACCUGGAUCUUUAUCUGCUUUCCAUUGACUGGGCAAGCAGAUCUAUUUACCUGUUUUUAACAUUUGUGUGAUUGAGCCCCAUGCAUUCCAACCCUGAACUACUGAAAGGGUCUUUCUUUGCUGGGCAGCGAGGAUCAGAGAAAGGAUCCCAGGAAAGCAGAAUGUAAAUACUUGGGGAUAUUUUUAGUUUCAUUCUGUGAUCAGGACACAGUGGAAUAUAUUAAUCCGACUGGGGAUGUGAGUAAUCACAUGUAUAUAGCAGGAAUGUUGUUAAAACUGAAAAAUUCUGAUUAAUCGGAUUGCCUAACCCUCCUUGGUCACUUUGAGGAGUAAUAAAAGCCAGCACAUUUUUUUUUUUCUUAAGCAAAAGAGAAGCCUAUUUUAAUGAGGCUUUGUUUCCAAGGGCUCCCUUCACUGGUGUGUAUUUCUUCACCAUUAUCUGGUUUGGUACCAUUUUCACGGAGGUGCUUUUUGGUACUGAACUUCCUAGAAGUACAGUGCCUUCUUUGAUAUAAAUUCUAUGUUGAGAGAGCAAAGCUGACAUUUACAC